AGCCAGUGCAACACACGGUUCCAGAAUAAGGUGGGGCAGGGAGAGAGAGCGUGAGCGGCAAGAAAGACAACACUGAGACGAGCAAGAGGCUGCUCCAUCACCCUGCAUCCCAGACACUCACACCCAGUAUGAACAUGUCCAGCAAUUCUGCUCUGAUCCAGCAGAUCUAUCCCUUUCACGACGGCUGGAAUGUUGCCUGCUUCAUCAUCCUCCUCCUCUUCAUCCUCACCAUCCUCUCCCUCGCCACGCUGGCAUUCCUCUACGAGCUGCUGGACUGCGGCUGCUUCACCAAAACCAAAACCGUUCGUGACCUGCGCCGCCAGCGUGACGAGGUGGUUUAGUUGUAACCAUGGUGACAGCGGACACAGUCUCCAUAGGAACCACAACAGUAGAUUGGUGGAAAAAGCUGCAGAUUUGGACGGAGCUCUUCGCCAGAUUGGGGUCCCUUAAAACACGCCAGACACAUACAGAGACAGAAGCCCUCUACUCCCACAAGCUCCAACAGCAACAGACAGCGCAGGUGUCUCCAAGGCUUAAAAUAUUACAUGAGAUUUAGACCAGAAAGAUGAGGGGAAAAAAAAAAAACGCGCUUGUAUGCUCAUUGUCUCCUUAUAGUCUGCAUUCGGUAUUUGAAUACUAUUGUGUGAUGACUACAUAAAACUGUUGUAUUUUUUGAGGUCUGUUUACAUGGAUUUUCCCCUUUGUGUGGAAUGACAAAGUUUACAUGUUGGUAUUAUAAAGUUAUUAUUCUAGAUUAUGAUUCUGCUACUUAAAGCAAAGAGCACACACUACAUUUAAAGUAAAGGCAAUGUUUUUAGGAGAGAUUUAUUAUGUGAAUAAUAAUAGUUCUAUCAACACCGAGAAGCACAUUAAAGGCCGAUUGUUGCAUCUUUGCAAUGCCUUAAAGAUUGUGUGUUUAAAAUGAUAUAAUAAAAAUAUUAUACAAGCAUGA